AUGAUAUCAUCUGAAUUCCAGUCUGGUAACCAACCUCGAACCCCGAGCAAGUAUCCAAGCAGCGCCAGUGUGCGGGUACGUCUUUUCGUUUGCAGAACCAUUCGCGGUACCGCGCGUAUCACCAUGACAACGGCCGCCGCGUUAGUCAACAAAGAAGGACGCAAACCUCAAUACAAAGAUUACAAUACCUUUCUUGAACGGUAUAAAAAUGGCAAAAAGGACGAUCAAUGUAGUGACAGUGGUGUCAGUUUUUCUUUGACUAAUUCCUCCAAUAAUUCUUCGUCUUCGAUCAACUCCGACCUAGCUGAUGGGCAAAAGAAAGGCUUUAAGGAUUAUCUUGAAGAUUAUAACAACAAGAGGUACAGUCCUGUACAACCAGCGUUCACCAAGGGCAAGGAUACUAAAACCGUGAGAACCGAAGUAUACAUAGAAAUAAAGAACGAUACAACAAAUAAUGUGAAUCAAAUAACAAAGGUAUUUCAACUGCAACCACAAACUAAGAAUGCAGUGAGCAAAACUGCGAAGAUUUUCGAAAAAGAGACACCAGCGAAAUCCAAGGCCAACUUCUCGUUCAACGGCAAUGGAGAACAAAAGAAGAUCAGCGCGAUAUCCAAACAGUUCGAAGAAAAACAAACGCCGUCGUCCGUUGCUAAGCAACCGUUGAAGAAGAAGCCGAGCAUCAGCGAGAUGACAAAGGUGUUUGAAGAAGCUACGGUAGAGGAGAAUCAGAAUAUGCAGAAAAAGGUGUUUACUGAAGUUGCCCAGGUUUUUAAACAGAAAGAAGAGAGUAUGAGGCAGAAAAACUCUGAGGUUACGUCGCCUAAGCCACAAUUUUUGAAUAGCAAGCCAGUUUUGAGUCAGGUAAAGCCAAAACCUGUCAUCGUAAAUUGUGAUGGAUCCCAUCCUGAAAAUGGAGUAGACAGGAAGCCAUUAUUGUUCAAACCACAAAUAAUGAUCAACAAACCAGAGCCGCAGGACCAAAAAACAGACAGCGAACCUCUUGUACUGAACUUACCUCCACCUCCCCCACCUUUACCUCAAACCAGUCCUCCUCUAUCGCCCCCACUGAUCAGUGUGACACCACCUUCAACAUGUUCAUCUCCAGCACCUCUAGAGCCCCCAAAUUGCCCUCCUCCCCCACCACCAAUGCCCAUGAACUUCACGUCAAGACCUUCUCUUCCAUCCCAAACGAAAAUCUUUGGCCAAAAUGAAGAUUCCAGUGAAUACUUCGCUUCAAGACCUUCUUUGCCAUGUCAAACAAAAGUCGCGGUCCAACCUGAGGCCAAUAAGUUCAGUACCCUACCAAAGAUGCAGAACGGAGAUUCAGUUGAUGGGAGAAAGCUGGACAAAAAUGACCCACGUGUGAAGAAGAUGGUGUAUGGAGCGUUGAGGGAGAUGUAUGGGGCUUACCAUGACAAAGCCAAUGAUUAUUUGGCCACGCUGCCUAAGAGUAGGGUUAGGAGGAACAACGGUUUGGAUAGCAUCAUCAACAGUAUAGCGUCACAAGGAGGUUUAGACAAACUCAAUGGCAGAGUAAACCCAAAUCCUGAUAAAGAAUAAGCUUUUGCGACUUUGCAGAGGCCUUUUUGUGAAUUUUGUAUAUAUUUUUCUCAAAAGUGACUGAGUUUCUGUACAUGUGGACAUUCAGAAAAUGAUGAGUGAUAUCGUAUAUUGCUUACGCAUUUUAUAAAUUAUAUGUGUGUAGGAUAGGUUUAUGAGUGAAUGUACGUUUUUGAUUUUAUAAGACUGUAUAACCGUGAUUAUAUUUUUAUGAAUUUUAUCUUUGUAGUAUAAAUGUUUUAGCAUUUUACACCAAUAAACUCUCAAAAACAGUUUUACAUUAUUCAUUCAUCGAUAUAUUUAAUAUACAGGAUGUCCGACGUAGACAUCAUGUGAAAUAUUUCUCAAAAAGUUGCUGUAAGGUAGUCAUGAAAAUAUGGCUUUAUACUCGUAGUAUAAUUGAUUUAAGCAGUUCACCGGAAGUACAUGAAAACUUGC